AUGCCGUCCUUAAAAGUGCUCAUCCUCGAAACGGACGAGCCCCACCCGGAGAUCCACGACAAAAAGGGGUCGUACGCGGAGAUCCUCAACAAACACUUCCAAAAGGCUGCGGUAGCGCAUGAUCCACCGAUGGAGAUUGAGAUGGACAUGCACUUUGUGGUGGAUGAUAAGGAGAACGGGAAGGACGGGAGGGUGCCCAAGGCUUCCGAGAUGGGAGAGGAUAUACAGGGGGUGUUGAUUACGGGAAGCAUGUACGAUGCGCAUGGGGACGAGCAGUGGAUCUUGGAUUUGAUGGAGUUUCUAAAGGAGCUCUGGACGACUAGACCCAAUCUCCACUUCAGCGGCGUCUGCUUCGGCCACCAACUCCUUUGUCGCCUUCUCGGGUCCACGGUCGAGCCCGUCCCUUCUCGCGACUGGGAGAUCGGCCACUCCAAGAUCGAUCUCAACCACAUUGGCGUCCAGCUCUUCCGCACCUCCAAACCCUACAUCCACCUACACCAGAUGCACCAGGACCACGUCGUCUCCCCUCCUUCCUCCUCACAUCCCCUCCUCGGCGGGAAACGCGUGCACGUCUGGGGCAAGAGCGAACACACGGCAGUACAGGGGAUAUACGUGCUCAACAGGUUGUUGACGAUGCAGGCGCACUUGGCGUUUGAUGAGGAGAUGGUCAAGAGGGAGAUACAGAUGAGGCAAGAGGCAGGAAGUAUCGGGAAGAAGGAUGAAGACGAGGUGGAUCGGGCGAAUGAGACGGCGGGGAAGGAUCAUGAUGGGGAGGUGGUGGCGGCGGCGCUGUUGAGGUAUUGGGCAUAUGAGGAUGAUGGGAUUGCAGAGGAAGAGGAGGAGGAGAGGGGUAAUGAGUGA